GGAAGUGAAUAUAAAUAAAAUACCAGAAAGCCUAAGUAAUAACCAAUAUGAAAAAUGGUCUGAGGAUACUAUAACAUUAGAUGUCCCAUGUAGAAGCAAUGAAGGUGAAAUUACACCAAUGGAGAUUCCAAAAUUUACAAACAAGGCAAGUUUUGAUCCUUUUGUAAGGACUAUAGACAACAAAACAUCAGCCAGAAGUAGCAAAGGACAAGAUAUAUACAAAACUGGAAACAUUUUACUUGAAGAGGAUAUAGAAUAUGAAGACCAAGAUCCUCCUUACCCAGCAUUUUCAAAAACUGCAGGAUAUCCCAGUAAUACCUCGGUCCCUGAUCCUAAUAUCAUCACAAAAAUGACGUCAGACAUAAAGAGUAAGUUUUUUAUGAUUGCACUACUGAUGUAAUGAACACUAACAAUGUUAGUCCACGAUCCUCCUCUCAACACAGCAAAGACUUUUGACACUCAGAAUAAGUUAGCACACAAUCCUGGCAUGGCAAUGAAA